UAUCUGAAUGAUCUCCCUGAUAAUGACUUCAACGCUAUUUUCAAAUCGAUUCCAUCCUUCUAUCCGAAUCUCAAAGAAGCAAAUUGUUUCGUAUCAGGCAUUCCUGGUUCCUUUUAUGAGCGGCUAUUUCCUAGCAAAAGCUUGCACUUGGUUCACUCAUCUUAUAGUAUUCAUUGGCUCUCUCAGGCUCCAGAAAAGAUUGAGAACAACAACAACAUAUACAUAGCAAGGACAAGUCCUCCUCAAGUAUUUGAAGCUUACUUGAAUCAAUUUGACAAAGAUUUCUCAAGGUUUCUGCAAUUGCGCUCCGAGGAGAUAGUAACUGGUGGACACAUGGUUUUAACAUUUAUGGGAAGGAGCAUUCCUGAUCCCUAUGGAAGUCACUGUGCCUCUCUGGAUAUUCUAUCAAACUCACUCAUUGAUUUAAUACAUGAGGUUCACUUCGAUCUACUAACAUCUUGUUUUCUU